AUGGCUAGUCCUCUCGUUCUAGCUUUCGAUGCCGAGGGCCGCCCAGUGAAGUUCGAAACCUGGCUAGAUGACCUACACCUGUUCCUACAGCUCACUGCCAAGGAAGAUAUCUCACUGUACGACCAUGCCCUAGGCCAUGCCACUGCCCCUGACUCGUCUGCUGACAGCACUCUGCGUUCCCAGUGGCAGACCCGUGAUGCGCACGCUCGCUUUGCUAUUCGCAACUCCCUGCCGCUAGACGAGCGCGAGCACUUCGGCCAGUGCAAGACUGCUAAGGACCUCUACACCGCUGUAGUUGCCCGCUACUCCUCACCCGCUUCUGCCACGCUAGGCCGCCUCACUCUCCCCUACCUGUUCCCCAACCUAGCCUCCUUUCACACUGUCGCAGACCUCAUCACCCACCUUAAGACUAGUGAGGCCCGCUUUCGCGCUGCUAUGCCUGCCGAGUUUCUCACUAGCAACCCCCCCCCGCUCUGGAUCACUCUCUACCACAUCGUCACCCGCCUCCCUGACUCUCUGCGCGCAGUCAGGGACCACUUCCUCUCUCGCUCCCCCACUGAGCUCACUGUUGCCCUCCUCGAGAAGGAACUGCUUGCAGCUGAGGCGAGCAUCGUCGCUGUAGGCACCUCUCGUGGCGACCCCCGCACCCCGUUCUUUGAGGGGUGUUCCCCUUCCCCCCUCCUCCCCUCUGUCGCCUCUGCUGCUGCUGUCGACCUUCUUGGUGCUGAGAAGGUCGGGACCGCGUCUGCUUCGAGCGGGCGCCGCAGGAACAAGGGGGGCAGGGGUGGGGGUGGCGGCGGAGGAGGUGGGGGUGGAGGCGGUGGGAGUGGAGGCGCGGCUGGGGAGACUAGUGGCGGCAGUGGGGGAGGAGACAGCAGCGGUGGGAGUGGUGGUGGAGGCGGCAGCGGAGGCGGAGGUGGUCGUGGCGGCGGCAGGGGUGGAGGUGGCCGGGGCGGCGGCGGUGGGGGUGGUGGUCGUGGAGGCACUGGCGGAGGGCAGAGUCAGCAGCCCGCCCCGACGCUUCAGGCCGCCCGUGAGUGGUAUGCGCAGCGUAGCGUUACCUGCACGUACGUCAUUCGCACAGGUGACCGCAGCGGCCAGCAGUGUGGGAGGCCGCACCCCACACAGCGCUGCUUCGCGCGCCUUAACGACGCGUGGCGCACUCAGUUUCCUGCUGCCACUGAGCUGCCGCGCUGGGCUGAUCUGGAAAAGAGGGGUGUUGAUAUUUGGGCUUUAGACUUUGAUGCUAUUCUCACUGCCAUGUAUGCGAUGUCUAUUAGUGGAGAGGGUGCUCAGUACUUGCGUGUUCCGCCCGACCCGGGCAUUCAGGCCAGUCCGGCUGCCGCUCUAGGUGCUAGUGCGUCUGCUCCCACAGGUCCUGGUGAGGCUGCAGCCCUAGGUGCUCGUGCGUCCGUGCCCCCUGGUACUGAGUCGACUGCAGCACUGCACACCUUCACACUGGACUCAGGUGCUUCUCGCUCCUUCUUUCGUGACCGCACUGUCCUUGAGCCACUCGCUCGGCCAGUUGCUGUCUCCCUUGCUGACCCCUCUGGGGGUCCGGUCAUUGCGACCUCCUCCACUGUCCUUCCUUGUCCGGCGGUCCCGUCCGGCACGCUGUCAGGUCUCUACCUCCCCUCGUUCUCUACGAACUUGGUGGCAGGUAGUGCGCUCCAGGACGGGGGUGUUCACCAGUUCACCCCUGCCUACGAGCGCGUGACACACUGCACGUGUGCUCGGACGGGUCGCCACCUGGCUACCUUCACUCGGGAGCCGGGGUCGGACCUUUACACACUGACCACUGAGUCCCCUCAGGUAGCUGCGUCCGCGUCUGCGUCUGCGUCAGGUCAGCUGUCCGCCCCCUGCUCGUGUCGCUCUCUGGCGCAUGAGACUGUCCUUUGGCACCACCGCCUUGGUCACCCGUCUGUGCAGCGCCUUCGGGCCAUGCACAAGCGGGACCUUGUUGCUGGUCUUCCCAGGGUGCUCCCUCCCCUUCCCGACUCGCCUGCUCCUCCCUGUAUUCCCUGUGUCGAGGGACGGCAGCGCGCCGCUCCUCACUCCUCCUCCUUUCCCCCGACGACUGCUCCCUUGCAGACGCUCCACAUGGACGUGUGGGGCCCAGCCCGCGUCCGUGGUCAGGGUCAGGAGAGGUACUUCCUGAUUGUUGUUGACGACUUCUCGCGCUACACCACGGUCUUCCCCUUGCGCGCCAAGGGUGACGUCCCUAAUGUCUUGAUCCCUUGGAUCCGCAGAUCUCGUCUCCAGCUCCGUGAGCGUUUCCGCUCCGACUUCCCUGUCCUGCGUCUGCACUCUGACAGAGGUGGGGAGUUUUCCUCUGGCCUAUUGGAGGCCUUCUGUCAGCAGGAGGGCAUUGAGCAGUCGUACACGCUUCCGGCCUCUCCACAGCAGAAUGGGGUUGCUGAGCGCCGCAUUGGUCUGGUCAUGGAGGUCGCUCGUACCUCCUUGAGCCAUGCGGCUGCCCCCCAUUUUCUGUGGCCGUUUGCAGUCCGAUACGCUGCGCAUCAGCUCAACCUCUGGCCCCGUGUCUCCUUGCCCGAGACUUCUCCGACACUGCAUUGGACGGGAGAGGCUGGCGAUGCGUCGCGUUUUCGGGUCUGGGGAUCCCGAGCUUUUGUCCGCGACACGUCCGCGGACAAGCUCUCCCGUCGCGCUGUCCCCUGCGUCUUCCUUGGCUUUGUCCCGGACGCCCCUGGCUGGCAGUUCUACCACCCCACCUCGCGUCGUGUCCUGGCCUCUCAGGACGUCACUUUUGACGAGUCCGUCCCCUACUACCGCCUCUUCCCCUACCGCACUGCCCCGCUCCCCCCCCCGCCUCUCUUCCUCGCUCCAGGUGCUGAGGUACCAGACCCCCUCCCCCCUCAGGGUGCCGCUCCCUCAGGUGUGUCCCAGGUAGACCCGGGUGAGCCUGUCGAGGUAGCUGUUGACUCUCGUCCUGCUAGGGGUGCUGAGCCUGGGGGUGCUGCGUCUGGGGGUGCUGAGCCUGGGGGUGCUGCGUCUGGGGGUGCUGAGCCUGGGAGUGCUGAGUCUGGGGGUGCGGAGCCUGGGGGUGCUGAGCCAGGAGGUGCGGAGCCUGGAGGUGCUGAGCCUGGGGGUGCUGAGUCUGGGGGUGCUGAGCCUGAGCGUGCUACACCUGGAGGAGCCCUCUCCUCCCAGCAGCUGCAAGAGAGGUACCUCGAGUACUGCCGCCUCCGGAGAGGUGCUGCUGGAGCUCGUCCCGGUACUUCCCCUCCUCCCCAGGAGCUCCCCCCCAUUCAGCAGAUCCGCGAGUGGUACACACGGCGCUGCAGUCUUCGGAGUGGUGCUCCUGGUGCUGCGGACCCUGGGGGUGGCGCUGCUGCUGGUGCUGAGGACCCGGACGUGGGAGCUGCUGCUGGUGCUGCGGACCCGCCUGGUGGAGCUGCUGCUGGUGCUGAGGACUCGGACGUUGGAGCUGCUGCUGGUGCUGAGGACUCGGACGGUGGAGCUGCUGCUGGAGCUGAGGACCCGAGCGGUGGCACUGCUGCUGCUGCUGAGGACCCGGGCGUUGGAGCUACUACUGGUGCUGAGGACCCGGCCGGUGGAGCUGCUGCUGGUGCUGUGGACCCGGACGCUGGAGCUCCUACUGGUACUGAGGACCCGGCCGCUGGAGUCUCCUCUGCUUCCGGAGACGCUGCGCGGCCGCGACCGUACUUCGUACCGCUCCUUCAGCAGGUUCUUGGGCAGACUCCUCCUCCUUGUCCUCCUCCCUCCGUAGAGUGUCCUCCGCCUGUCCAGCCGCAGUCACAGUUACCACCUACCUCGCCUCUCCCUGCUCCCUCUCCUUACACUGGUCCCACAGGAGGUCUUACUGAGCGUCGUGAGCCUGAGUCUCGUCCUGCGUCGCCUGUUCGUCGUGCUCGCACUGGUAGUCGUGUCCGUCGUGAGCGUCCUCCUCCUGUCCCAGGCACUCACUACAUGACUCUGCGUCCCUCUACUGCUCCUCAGCGUGUCCCUCUACCGUCUCCUCCUGCUUCCUCUUUGCCUGACGUUCCGGACCCUGAGUCUGACCGGUAUCGUGCUGAGCACCCUACUGUCACGCGUCUCCUUGCUACUGUUGUCACUGACCCUACCUUUGAGUCCUCGGCUGCGUCUGCUCUGGUCGCUGAGUUGGUUGACUUUGCUGCUGCCUGUCGUCUAGACUACGCUGCUAGCCUUGUUGCUGAGUCUGAGUCUGAGUCUGUCUGUCCUCCGUCCGUCGCGGUUGCCCCUGAGGGAGACCCGGAUGCACCAGACAUCCCGACCCCGCGCACUUACGCUGAGGCGAUGGCGGGUCCCUACUCCUCUCAGUGGCAGACAGCCAUGGAAGCCGAGAUGGCUUCCUGGAAGUCCACACGCACCUACGUCGACGAGGUUCCCCCUCCUGGGGCGAACAUCGUCAGUGGCAUGUGGAUUUUCAGGGUGAAGCGGCCGCCGGGUUCUCCGCCUGUCUUCAAGGCGCGUUACGUGGCUCGAGGCUUCAGUCAGCGAGAGGGAGUUGACUUCUUCCAGACCUUCUCCCUCACCCCGAAGAUGACCACUCUUCGGGUGCUGCUGCACAUAGCCGCUCAGCGCGACUACGAGCUUCACUCACUUGACUUCAGCACUGCUUUCUUGCAGGGCAGCCUGCACGAGGAGAUCUGGCUGCGCCGCCCACCUGGCUUCACUGGGUCUUUUCCUCCUGGUACCCAGUGGAGGCUUCAGCGGCCGGUCUACGGUCUCCGCCAGGCUCCGCGUGAGUGGCACGACACACUGAGGACUACACUUGCGGCUCUUGGGUUCGCGCCUUCUACAGCUGACCCGUCGCUGUUCCUGCGCACCGACACUUCACUGCCGCCGUUCUACAUCCUCGUGUACGUAGACGACUUGGUCUUUGCCACUGCUGACACUGCAGGACUCGCCUACGUGAAGUCGGAGCUGCAGAGGAGACACACGUGCACAGACCUGGGUGAGCUGACAAGCUAUCUUGGCUUGCGGAUCACCCGGGACAGAGCACGGCGCACCAUCACCCUGACUCAGUCACACAUGGUGCAGCAGGUUCUCCAGCGCUUCCGCUUCACGUACUCCUCGCCUCAGUCCACUCCUCUGCCUACCGGUCACUCGCUCUCAGCUCUGCCUUCGGAUGAGUCCGUAGAGCCGAGUGGCCCGUAUCCAGAGCUUGUGGGCUGCCUCAUGUACCUGAUGACCUGCACUCGACCUGACCUUGCAUACCCUCUUAGCAUCCUUGCACGCUAUGUCGCUCCUGGCCGUCACAGGAAGGAGCACAUGGAUGCCGCUAAGAGGGUGUUGCGCUACUUGUGCAGUACGUCGGGCAUGGGGCUUGUGCUUGGAGGGCGAGACCGAGUUGUUCUCACAGGGCACUCAGACGCUUCUUGGGCAGACGACCAGGCCACUCAGUGGUCGUCUCAGGGUUACACCUUCAGCCUUGGCUCUGGCUCAGUUUCUUGGCGCUCUACACGCUCUUCUUCUGUUCUCGGCUCCAGUUGCGAGGCUGAGAUCUACGCUACAGCCAUGGCUGCCCAGGAGCUACGCUGGCUGACCUACCUGCUGACCGACCUCGGAGAGCGGCCUCGUUCUCCUCCAGUACUGUACGUCGACAACAAGGCUGCCAUUGCCUUGUGUGAGGAGCACAGACUGGAGCACAGAACGAAGCACAUCGCCCUGCGGUACUUCCUUGCUCGUGAGCUGCAGCAGCGCGGUCAGCUUUGUAUUCGCUACGUGGCCACUGAGGCCAACACUGCUGAUGUGUUCACCAAGGCGCUUCAGCCUCGUGACCAUCAGCGCUUCUGCACUCUACUAGGCCUUGUGCCUACUGGACCUCACUUACUUACCUCUUGA